AAAAGGAAAAAUUGGGUUGAAUUCGAGGAAACUAUUGUUAUAUUUUUCUUGUGGUAGGAACACAGGGAAAAAUAAAGUUAUUUAAUAUGCCGAUGAAUCGUUGUCUCGGAAAUACGCGCGGAUGAUAGAAAAAUCGGUUUAUUGUGCGAUUUUCCGUCGAAAACAGAAACCUGUCGAAAAGUGUUCGUUCUUUUUUAAUCACAAAUCGAUGCAACGCAUGAUUGUGGUGUCUAGAAAUAUUUGUUAUUUUUGGCGGAAUAAAUGCAAUUUGUGUCUUAACUGGCGGGUAUUUUGACAGUUGAAUUUGAAGUUGAAGCCAACAACAAAAACAUACACACACACACGAACCGAAUAGCGAAUCAUUGUCAACCAGGUCAAUAGAGGUCGUUACCGUAGAAAUUAGUUCAGAUGACAACACAAAUUCAAUGCAGACCAAAUAAGCGGUUCAAAAGAGAAACAACACUAUUCGCCAUCGUCAACACCAAAACGCAAUUUUUCGAAAACCGUUUCCGAUGUGUUAUGCUCUCGAUCAAUGUGAUAAUUGGAUUCACUUUAAUUUUACAAGCAAGAGAGAUGCAUUUAAAAAAAAUAUGAUUGAAUAACAUGCGAUUAUUACGAAAUCCCAUGCAUUCUAGGGCAUAAUUUGUUUAUUUCGCCCGAAACACACACACACACAGCCACUUGACUCAUCGCUUAAAUGAAAAAUGAUUCGUAGAAAAAUGCACGCAUUGUUUCAAAUGAUAAUUGGGUCUUUUCAUGCUGCUUUUUAUCAACAUUAUGCAUUUAAUUCGCACCGCGAAUAUAUCAACGUUUAAUCAAGUCAAUCUACUAACCGAUUUUAUGGGUUCAUUUCUCACAGAAUGUUUGUUUGUUUUUUUUUUCUCUCCCAUUUGUGGAUUUUAAUCGUUUCUACUGCAUUAGUCUUGGACUGGAUUAAAGAAAGAAAUGUCGAAAAUUCAUGAAUGAUUCCCAACUGUCCUACUAUUAUGCCAGAGAGUUCAAUGUUCGUAAAACAUUAACCUACUGAAUUGAACAAACAACAAGUUAUUGCGCCCAUUCAAUUUUUUCUUCGUUUCAUUCAUCUGUUUCGGUAUCAGACUUAGGUAUUAUGCUUGGAAUUGGUUUAGCAGUGCAAACAAUUGGUGUUCCAAGUUGUGGCAAUUGUUGAAGAAUUAAAUCGACUUGAUUUAUAUGAGAAUAGAAAAACGACCGGCCUAAAAAUACAACCCAAACGACUUGUUCAUAGACAAAUAAACCGACACUUGACGAUAAAAACUGUAACUCACGCAGAAAACCAAUCGAUUUGUGUAAAAAUUUUAAAGAAGAAAAUAUGACGUGGUGAUUACUCCCAGUAGUUCUUCUCUUGUGCCUGGCCACAGUAAGUGAAUUGAUUGGUUGUUGGUUAAGAAUCGAUUAAAUUGCAAUUAUUGUCAGAUUUGGAAAUCAAAAUUAGAAUAUUUCAAACAAAAUCACAGUUUCAAUAUAGGAAAAUAAAGAGAAAAAUGAUUCGUUGAUCAACUGUGACAAAUAUUGAUUUUGAUUUGUUGAAUCGUUUGUUUUUUGGUUGGUUUAGCCGAAAUUCGUGAAUAUUGUUCACAAUAGAAUCAUUCAUAACACUGAAAUUGAAAUUGGCCCGACCAGAUUUUAUCAUCCAGAUUCGCCCGAAAGGUAAACAAACCGAAGUGAAAAAGCUCAAACUUCACAAAUCGGUCGAUAGAUGGCGUUGCCAUCGUAAGCCAGAGUGAGAAACAAAGACAAAAAAAACCGUGUACUAUGUGACAUAGCGAACUGUCAACGAUGACAUUUGUGUGUUGUUCGCCAGAUUGUUGCUGAAACGGAGAAAGAAAAAAAAAUUUGAAUCAUCGACGCAUGUUUUGGUAGUGCAUUUAUAAACAAUUCCACAUUAUCUUGCCAAAAUAUAAAUAUAUUCACCGUAGAACCAUACAAACGAAAUAUACCUCAUUCCAUUCAUCGGAAUUAUAGUUUUCAAAUAUUUUCUAAGUGCAUUAUCAGUAAAUUUUUGGUCAAAAAUGUCAAUAUCAGAGCGCGACAUAUUUAUCGGCAAUUCCACACCAAGUCAAAUAAUUUAAGUGCGGCAAAAUGGAACUCCGCAUUGAUGUUAAGGACCAGAAUGACACGGUGCACGAUACUCAAAAAGUUAAGGUUGAAAACCCGGACAGCAAAGACAAUCCCAUGAAAGAUGUAAAUGUCGGACAUUUGCAAAAGGAAUUGACAAAAGUGUUUUUCCUUGAAAGUUGUUUUCAAGAAAUACACUUUGUUCAUGAUGGAAAAGAUGUACGAUUCGAUCUUGAACUUGAAGCAACGCUGCUAUCCGCACUCCACAUUGAAAAUGGCAGUAAUCUUGUAUUAAAACAUUCUCGGUUGAAUAUUUGGAAAGCCUUGGAAGACGCGUUAUCGAGAAUUUCACGAAGAUACAAAAGAGGUUGGAACGUUGCCGAGGAAGUCCAACAAAAUGUGGAUAUAUAUAAGAAGUUAAUCGGAACCAAAUUCUUUAGGGUCUAUCCAAAUUUUGAGGAAAUUAUUUACGCCUUUGAAGAAAAGUGCGGACACUGUUUAGAUCCGACUGGUGGAGCCAUAGACCAAGCGGCAACACAAUAUUUUCUGAGUUUGUUCGAAUCAAAUCCAGCGAAUCCAACUGUCAAAAUAAAAUGCGACCGAAAAACCGCACCAGGCCUUCAAGGAGGUCGAAUGUGCACAGUCACGAUUGGUACAACCGCAACCAAAUUCCACGUUAAAAUGCACUCGGGAAUAUCAUCUAGGUCGAGUCACACAAGUGACGACACUAGCCUAUGUGAAUUAUUCGCGUAUAAGGUUUUACAGAUUAUUGGAGUUGGGCCAUUGGUUCAUUUUAUUCCAAAAGUUCACAAUUCCACAUUUGAAUUAUACAUUGCCACGGCAGACAUUCCCGGUUUCCGCACAGCAGCAAAACGUAGAUAUUUUGAAGAAAUUGGCAAGUUGGAUUAUCUCAAAGAGAUUUUACAACUAAUUGAUGUGCAUCAAUCGAAUUAUGGCUCUGAUGAGAAUGGAAAACUUUGGAUUGUCGACUUCAAGAUAGGGAAUCCAUUUCAGUCGAAAUAUAAAAAUAGUUCAAACGUGAAUUCGGAUCUCUCCAAUAAAUUUAAGGAAUAUGACGAACAGUGGAAGUUUUUAGAAGCUAUCGACAAAGCCGACAAGGAAAUUGCGGAUCAGAAAAGUUUUUUGGAAAGGCACAACAUUAAUCGACAAAAAAGCAACGAUUAUAAAGAAUACUUGGACGAAAUCAAGAUGAUUGUAACAUAUUUGAAGGAUCCUGAACAGAUUGCAAAGAAGAGAAAACUCAGCCAAGCAACAACCAGUUUAAGUAGUUAAAUUUCAUCCGAAUAAUUUUCAAAAAAAUUUAAUGAUAGAAUUAAUAGAAAGUAGAAUAACAUUCAAAACGGAAUUGCUUCACUUUAUUCGAUACGAUUCAUUAUUAUUCAAGAAUAACAACCAAAAAUAUGUAAAAAAAAAUACCAUGCUUUCAUCAAAUCAAGUGUCAAAUCGAUUUCUAACAUAAAUUAUACUCAAUAUUAAAAACAAAAA